GAUUGUCAGGUUCGGCCAGUUCGGCCAAUGGGUUCGUCGGCACAGGGCUGGUCUCUGGUGUUCUUCGGUCGGUAGUAAUGGAGUGGAAAUCAAACUGGACAGAGUAAGAUUUUUGGAAACUGAAAUACUUUGGGAACCUGCCUACAGUCUCAAAGAAUAUCAUUCGUUUCAAGAUGCGAAAAUUUAUGUACUGAAUGUCCCAGAAUAUGCGAUUAAAAUGAGAUUGAAAUUUUCUUAUCUGGGAAAAUAUUCACACUCUAAAAAGUUAUGCAGCAAAAAUAUCAGUAUAUUAAUACAAUAUGGAAGUCCAGCAAUACCUCACAGAAAUAAAAUACAGACAGACAGUUGGUUGUACAAUAAUAUUGAUCACUAUAGUACCUCUGUAAGCCUAAAUCAACCAUUUCAAGAGAAAAAUUUUUCAUCUCCUUUGCCGGGCAAGUGGUAUGUCACAGCAUUUGUCCUGCCUGUGGAUAAGGUCAAAAGCAUCAAGGAAAAGGGUUUAUCAAAGUCAGAUGACAAAUGCCUUAGUGCAGUGAGUUUUACACAAGAAAUAGUUUCUCCAUUGAGGCCUGCAGUAGUUCUUUCUAAAGGUCAACCAUGGAAAACUACUAAUACCAAAUUUUUUAGCAUAAGAUAUUACAAAUAUUUUGUCACAAGUUACUCCAAGAAACUCAGUGUCCAAAUAAAUUGUUCAUCAAGUCAAGGAUAUCUAAGAUUAGCAUUGUCUGCAACCUCAUUACCAACAGUCUCUUCACCAAGCAAUUCCACUACAGCAAGUUCAACAACAUGUGGCAUAAUUAUUACAUGGCCUAAACCGCAGUCCUAUUAUUAUAUUGAAGUCAGUGGAACAUGUAAUAAGUAUGAAUUAACAGCUAAUCAUGAAGAAUGUCUUCUAAACACCUCUGAAUGUGAGAAUAUUGUGCCAUUGUCGAUAUUGGUUCGCAGACGACUGAGCGUUCGCUUGCCUAAUUUCCUCCUUGUAUUGAAUGACACAGGAACAUUCAGUUUCAAAGUAGAGCCAGACUAUGUUGGGUCAAUAUUAACAUUUGUACUUUGGCCGCUUUUUCAAGAGAGACAAAGGACGACACGUAGGGUGUGCAUUAGCAGGGAUGUGCUGCCGUUUGGUGUCUCGAAAUCUAGAGAAUUUUUCAAAAAACAUUGCAACGAGACGAGCGAUGGUGUUCUACGCGUAAAUAUUGUGUACCCACAAUCAGGGACAUGGUAUAUAAAUGUUAUCAUCAUAUCUCACGAUCUCUCGCCAAAACCUUUCUUUGGUUUUGAUGUUAAAACUGAAACAUGUUUGAGUAAAUGUAACAAUCACGGAUCUUGUGUGGUAGACAGUGAUAUUGGGGUAUCGUACGGCGUCUGUGUGUGUGAUUAUGGAUACAGUGGAUUUGCUUGUUCUGAUUACCAUGGGCUUGACCUACUGGCUGUUUAUUUACUCACAAUAAGUAACAUAGCCUUUAUUCCUGGAAUUGUUGUGGCCUGUUUUAGAAAAUUUUAUCCCGAAGCAAUCGUGUAUCUCUUUAAUAUGUACGCUUCAACGGUGUACCACGCGUGUGACAGUCAUGGUUAUUGUAUUUACGAUUACAAUACGUUGCAAUUGAGUGACUUUUUUGCAUCGGUUCUUUCUGUUUGGUUUACUCUUGUCACGAUGGUUAAACUGCGUCCUUUAUGGCAGCGAACGUUGAAUAUCUUGGCUGUGUUGUGUCUCUUCAUUGGCGUGCAGUUAGCUCGUUUUGGUUUCUUAAUAGUAGCCAUCCCUGGAGGCAUGGGCCUGAUGAUUGUUCUUAUCUCAUUUGGUUGCAGAUGUCACAAGCGUAAAAAAUGUUUCCCAGGUCGGAAAAGAUGGCUGUUUUUCUUUCUUCCUGCUUUAAUUUUGGCAUCUGUUGCUGUAGGCAUUUACACCGGACUAGAAACAACAGCUAAUUACAAAUAUUUGCACAGUAUAUGGCACAUUGCUAUUGCAUCGUGUAUACCGCUACUUUUACCUACAUCCAGGAAACCCAAGUUUUAUAAAGACUAUUAUCAGGUGAAUGCUGACGACGACUUUCGAGACAGUGAUGAAUCGUUGUUAUUGAAUGUGCGUAGUACCGCUGACGAUCAGGAAAGCCAGGAGAAUCCUGAAAUCGAUGGAGUACCAUUUCCUCAACUUAUAAAUUGAGAACUUCCUUGGCACGCAUCACUUCAGUUUUGUAUUUGAAUACAAGCACUCCAUGCUGUAGACAGUUAGUGGACUAUUAAUUUUUUGGAGUCCAUUUUCUGUAAAAAUGAUCGAUUUAAAAAUAAUUAUUGAUUUGAAACACGAAGAUCAAUAGAUAUCGAGCUACGUCCCUGUACAUAAGGUUUGAAGCUCUAUUUACCGCUAAUCUUUAGUUAGGUCAUGCAUGCAUUUUUGCUCGAUUUGUUAUUAAUAAAACCUAGCUUAUUGAACCAAAGCCUAAGCUGUUAGAAAAUUUAUCAGCUUUUGACUAUAUGUAUCAAUAAUCCUGGCGGGAUUAACCCGUUAAACAGUUAAACUACUCUCAGUCUCAGGUGGCCAAAUAACAUUCACUAAAUUCCAAAAAUGUUUUCAUUGUUCAGUGAUCACAUAACCUGCGAUUUUUGGAC